AUGACGUUUCCCCACAAACUCUCAUCAUUCCUCUUCGCCGUCUUGGUUGCCGCCGUCGCCGUCACGACCACCGUGACGGCCGGUUUGGUCGACACCGUGUGCGGCAAAACCCCGCAGCCCGCGCUAUGCGCCCAAACCCUAAGAGCCGAUCCUCGUCCCAAAGACGACCUUAAAUCCCUCGGACUCGUCGCAAUAGAUAUUGCGACGAAUCAGGCGAAAUCGGGACAGGCACUCGUCCAGUCCCUCCUCUCCGGCGCCACCGACCCGAAGCUCAAGGAGAUAUUGUCGUCGUGUUUGGAGCAUUAUUCCGACUCCGUGGAUAGCCUCGGGAAAUGCCCGGAUUUGUUGAGGUCCCGGGACUUCGGCGGGCUGAACAGUCAGGCUUCGGCGGCGCUGGAUAGUCCGGGGAAUUGCGACGACGAGUUCUCUGAAGGCUCCGCGGCUGAGCCGCCGCAACUGAAAGAUACGAGUAGUAAGUUGCAGGAGUUUUGUAGUGUUGUUUUGGUGGUUAGCAAUCUGUCCAAAGGGGCAUAA